AUGGGAAACAUUAAAUCGAAAAAACAUAAUGAUGGUGCAUUCUCUAGAUCUUUAGAUGAGAAUGAAGUCGAUAGUUACCAAAUUAUACAUAAUGUUUUUCGUUCUAUAUGGAAUGGAAACUAUAUGUCUCCUAUCACCCCUAUUUUAAAAUCUGGUGACGCCAAGGUUUUAGAUAUUGGUUGUGGACCAGGUACUUGGGCGUGUGAUAUGUCUUCGGAUUUUCGAAAUUCUACUUUUAUUGGAGUAGAAACGCUUCCAAUGUUUCCUAUUCAAAAACCAAGCAAUGUAGAAUUUAAACUACAUAAAGAUUUUACUUCAAGAUUUCCAUUUGAGGAUAACUCUUUCGACUUUAUUCAUUUAAGAUUUUGUUGGUUUUAUUUUACUUUUGAUCAAUGGCGAACGACUGCCAUAAAGGAAUUAGUUAGAUUGUUGAAACCAGGUGGAUGGUUAGAAUUUAUCGAGAUAUCGUUAGAUGGCGAAAAUUUAGGUCCUGUAACUUUGGAUUUUAUUACAGACCCACGUGCACAAGACAAAAAUCUUGACCCAAUGUUAAGUUAUCACCUAUCAACAAUACUAAGUUCUGUGCCAAACCUUUCUUCAGAAGUAUAUCAUGAAAUGAGAAAAAUUCCGUGUGGUUCAUGGGGUGGGAAUCUUGGUGUACAUCAUGAACAAGCUGUAAAAGGUCUUAUUUUAAAAAGUAUUGAACAUUUACCUCAUAAAACUUCUCAGAAAAUGAUAGAACAAAUUUUAUAUGAAUUUAAAGAUCGUAGAACUUUUUCUUAUUGUCAUAGGAUUUAUGUACAGAAAUUGGAAUUGUAA